UUGCCCGGCUGCCCUCGUCUUUGCCUUGCCAUCGGAGCCUCAUGAAAAUAAAUAGUUGGCUUGUCAGGGUUGACUGACUCAGCUGGCUAUGGGCUUUGCUCUUCUGGGCCACUUCAGAGUUUUCUCUUCAUCUGUUAUUUGGGAGAUGGGGAAAAAAAGUUUGCUCCUUCAGCCAUGCGAGACUUCUCUGUGGAUAAUUGGAGAAUGAAAUAUUGCAGGCUGUUUGCAGGAAAGGCACAUUUCUUCCUUUUAAUUCAUCAUGGCUUUCUUAGGAAACCUGAGACCUUGUGUCUGUAGGGGACCACAGGGCAGGGUCCACGUGCUAAGUGUGCGUUAGACGUGAUCCUUACCUUGGCAAUCAGCCUGCCUCUCUAAUGAGGCAUUUCCAGAUACUUGAGGAAGGACUUGCCUUGGGACAGUGCCAGUAAUGCUCCCUUUCACAGAGAGGAGGGUGGUUACAAAUUCUAUGCCAACGACGUUAUUUCCUAUUAGAUUCCCAGAGUCCACCUUCUUAUUUCAUCUCCCCAGGUGCCUUAAAAUACUGCAGUUUCAUUUCCUUAUUUUUUUCUGAAAAGACAAAUUUCUCAGUGUCCUGAAUGACACUAGUGUAGGCUUCCCAACUGCAGAACUGAAGCAGAAGGUUGCCUGUGAUUUAAGAAGCAACUUUGAGAAGGAGGACUCGUGUGUGUCUGUGUGUCUGUGUGUGUGUGAGAGAGAGAGAGAGAGAAAAUGUGUGUGUGUGUCUGUGUGUGUGUAUGUAUGCAUGUGUUUGUUUUCCACCAAGAACCUGCCCAGGGAGGAAACUCAAAGGAAAACUGUAUUGUAUAUAAGGCCAUCAAUUGUUAGGCUAGGCUGGGGGCCUGCAACUUUUGCCUUGGUGUCAGGGAGUACAAAAAGACACUGAUCCUGAAAGCCAGACUCAGUGAUCUAGAUAAAGUAACCCAGGUGCAACCUGGGCCAACUGUGGAUUCUGAAAUCUAUUACGGCUACAAACAUCUUAACUGGAAACCAUGCUUCAGAUAAGCCAAUAGUCACAGGGAUGUUCCAUCAUAGUCACCUAAACCUCCUGACUGGCUAUGACAUAAUUUUUGCAGCGUAAGAGGAGAGGCCUGCUCGGUUUGAUAGUCAUUUUGUAUGGAACGGAGAAUGCAAUUUAAUUUUCUUCUACUUGGGUUUUGGCUUCGAGUGGCUCCAGUCCUGUUUGCAAGGAUGUAACAUGUGCUUAAGUCUGGGACUGGUUGGAGAAGAUGCAGGCAUAUGAGAACUGCAUGGGGAGAAAGUCAUUUUGUGUGUGCUUAUUGGUGUUUUGCAGAGACCCCCUAAAAUGUUUUAAGCCACUCGCUGAGGGUAGCCCUGCAUAUAGAGGUUUCUGUGUGGUAUCAAAUUACUGAGGACUGGAGUAGAUAAGGGUGUGUACAGGAAAUUAAAACCUCUGACACCUCUAGACGAUUAGUUUGAGGCAUACAUACAAAUACAUUUGAAUUUCCUCAGGUUGAAAACUGAAAAAAGGCCAGUCUAGUUUCCUGGGUGGGGCACAAAGGGAGUUCCUGUGAACAAGGGGUAGAUAUUUCCCUCUUUAGAGUUAUAGAAAAAUAAGUUUGAGGUUAUGGUAACAAAAUAAUGACAUAGAUGACUGAGUGUGGUUAAUGAGGCUCUAUCUCACUGCUUUGUAGUCACACUUUUUCUUUCAGCCUGAGAAUAGUCAAGUGGGCUUGCAAUUAAUGGGCGAGGCGAAACUGCUAGAUUUGUUACUCCUUUUUUUUUUCUAAAGAAACAUCAUUUCGAAGAUGAGUUUUUGCAUAUUCAAUCCAGAAGCAGACAGCUGAGGAAACUGUCUGUUGACAUUUUCAACAGAGAGAGACGUUUUUAAAGUCCUUGUCAAAUUACUAUGAUGACUAAGGUGAGCGUCCUGACCACCCUGGAGCGUAGGUUCAACCUGCAGAGCGCUGACGUGGGUGUGAUCGCUAGCAGCUUCGAGAUCGGGAACCUGGCGCUCAUUCUCUUCGUGAGCUACUUCGGGGCACGCGGGCACCGGCCGCGCCUGAUCGGCUGCGGCGGGAUCGUCAUGGCGCUGGGCGCGCUGCUGUCGGCGCUGCCCGAGUUCCUGACCCACCAGUACAAGUACGAGGCGGGCGAGAUCCGCUGGGGCGCCGAGGGCCGCGACGUCUGCGCAGCCAACGGCUCGGGCGGCGACGAGGGGCCCGACCCCGACCUCAUCUGCCGCAACCGGACGGCUACCAACAUGAUGUACUUGCUGCUCAUUGGGGCCCAGGUGCUCCUGGGCAUCGGUGCUACCCCUGUGCAGCCCCUGGGCGUCUCCUACAUCGACGACCACGUGCGGAGAAAGGACUCCUCUCUCUAUAUAGGAAUCCUGUUCACGAUGCUGGUAUUCGGACCAGCCUGCGGGUUUAUCCUGGGCUCUUUCUGUACCAAAAUCUACGUGGAUGCGGUCUUCAUUGACACAAGUAACCUGGACAUCACUCCGGACGACCCCCGCUGGAUCGGAGCCUGGUGGGGUGGCUUUCUGCUCUGCGGUGCCUUACUCUUCUUCUCUUCCCUCUUGAUGUUUGGGUUUCCACAGUCCCUGCCCCCGCACUCAGACCCCGCCAUGGAAAGCGAGCAGGCCAUGCUCUCCGAAAGAGAAUACGAGAGACCCAAGCCCAGCAACGGGGUCCUGAGGCACCCCCUGGAGCCAGACAGCAGUGCCUCCUGUUUCCAGCAGCUGAGAGUGAUCCCGAAGGUCACCAAGCACCUGCUCUCAAACCCUGUGUUCACCUGCAUCAUCCUGGCCGCCUGCAUGGAGAUUGCAGUGGUGGCUGGCUUUGCUGCCUUUUUGGGGAAGUACCUGGAGCAGCAGUUUAACCUCACCACCUCUUCUGCCAACCAGCUGCUUGGGAUGACUGCGAUCCCGUGUGCUUGUCUGGGUAUCUUCCUGGGAGGUCUUUUGGUGAAGAAGCUCAGCCUGUCUGCCCUGGGGGCCAUUCGGAUGGCUAUGCUCGUCAACCUGGUGUCCACUGCUUGCUACGUCUCCUUCCUCUUCCUGGGCUGCGACACUGGCCCUGUGGCUGGGGUUACUGUUCCCUAUGGAAACAGCACAGCACCUGGCUCAGCCCUGGACCCCUACUCGCCCUGCAAUAAUAACUGUGAAUGCCAAACCGAUUCCUUCACUCCAGUGUGUGGGGCAGAUGGCAUCACCUACCUGUCUGCCUGCUUUGCUGGCUGCAACAGCACGAAUCUCACGGGCUGUGCGUGCCUCACCACCGUCCCUGCUGAGAACGCAACCGUGGUUCCUGGAAAAUGCCCCAGUCCUGGGUGCCAAGAGGCCUUCCUCACCUUCCUCUGUGUGAUGUGUAUCUGCAGCCUGAUCGGUGCCAUGGCACAGACACCCUCAGUCAUCAUCCUCAUCAGGACAGUCAGCCCUGAACUCAAGUCUUACGCUUUGGGAGUUCUUUUUCUCCUCCUUCGUUUGUUGGGCUUCAUCCCUCCACCCCUCAUCUUCGGGGCUGGCAUCGACUCCACCUGCCUGUUCUGGAGCACGUUCUGUGGGGAGCAAGGCGCCUGCGUCCUCUACGACAAUGUGGUCUACCGAUACCUGUAUGUCAGCAUCGCCAUCGCGCUCAAAUCCUUCGCCUUCAUCCUGUACACCACCACGUGGCAGUGCCUGAGGAAAAACUAUAAACGCUACAUCAAAAACCACGAGGGCGGGCUGAGCACCAGUGAGUUCUUUGCCUCUACUCUGACCCUAGACAACCUGGGGAGGGACCCUGUGCCCGCAAACCAGACACAUAGGACAAAGUUUAUCUAUAACCUGGAAGACCAUGAGUGGUGUGAAAACAUGGAGUCCGUUUUAUAGUGACUAAAGGAGGGCUGAACUCUGUAUUAGUAAUCCAAGGGUCAUUUUUUUCUUAAAAAAAGAAAAAAAGGUUUCCAAAAAAAACCAAAACUCAGUACACACACAGAGGCACAGAUGCACACACGCGCAGACAGACACACCGACUUUGUCCUUUUUCUCAGCAUCAGAGCCAGACAGGAUUCAGAAUAAGGAGAGAAUGACAUCGUGCGGCGGGGUCCUGGAGGCCACUCGCGCGGCUGGGCCACAGAGUCUACUUUGAAGGCACCUCAUGGUUUUCAGGAUGCUGACAGCUGCAAGCAACAGGCACUGCCAAAUUCAGGGAACAGUGGUGGCCAGCUUGGAGGAUGGACAUUUCUGGAUAUACAUACACAUACAAAACAGAAAACAUUUUUUAAAAGAAGUUUACUAAAAUAAAAAAAAUAAAACAAAUAAAAAACCACAAGUUGAAAACAUUGCCAGAUUAAGCACUAGUGACACACCCCGUGCCACCCUCUUCCUCCAGGUGGGGGUGGGGGUGGGCGCACAAGUCGGAGGGGUGGAAGCACCACUCCUCUCUCUGACUUUCGCAAUAUGGGUCACUGUGUAGACGACUCACCCAGUCUGCAUGUGGUUCAAGGCCCCAGAGUUCUCUCAGUGAUGCUAAUGGGUGAUCCGUGCUGGAGUUUGUAAUUGGCACCUCUCACCAGCUCCAUUUCCAUGUUCAAGACUGAGGGCCUGAGGGGGAGCCAGGUGGGGGGCCAGCACCUCCCAGUGGCGGGCAUCCACCUUCCCCCAGCCCCACAGAGUGACCUCAGGAAGCAGUAGGCCUCGCCUGGCUAUGACUGACCCGGCUCAGAGCUGGUGAGACCCAACGCAGUCCAAGUCAUUUGCUUACAUUUGCCAAAAACAUUUUGCCAUUUUUAAAAGAAAAAAAUACAAUCCAUAUGAAUUUCAAACUGUUGUAUGUAUAAUCCUCUAAUACUAUUUUUAACUACUUCUAAAAUCUGUGUUAACCCUUCAAGUCACUAACACAGUUCUCUAGGCCGGAUUUAUUAUGCUGGUUGCUUUUACUUUUUUUCUCCUUUUUUAAUGCACCAAAAAUAUGUGAUACAAGGGAUGCAAUUAACCUAUUGUAAUUUUCAUCAUUUUAUCCUCAUUCGAAUAUUCUACAAAAACAAGAAUAUACAAUGUGUUACAAGAAGAAAAAAAAUGCUUCAAAAAGAGAGUGUAUAUGCAGCCUGCCUUUAAAAGAAUCACAUUUGAGACAACAGGGGAUAAUGUGAUGAAUUGCAAAUUUGCCUUUUAGCUUCCUUCCCCAUGAUUCAGUGAUCACUGUCACGGGAAACCCUUUUAUAUUCAUGCUUGACAUUCCAAGAGGCGUUCUUUUCAGCCUGUGGAGGAGACACUCUUAGAUGUGGGUUUGUGUGUAUGGGUGCAACACUUCCGGGGAUAGGAAAGAAGAACAGUUCCCUAACACAAGCUGUUAAGAAGUCUGUAGCAUCUCUGAUAACGAAUAGACCCACAAGCUCCUGGAAGCUGUCGUGUGUCCAAUGCGUGAAAAUGUCCGUGACAUUUUCAGUGUUAGUCUUGAACUAAGGCCCUUGUCUGUGUGUUUUGAAGGUGGGUGAACCUCAGAGAAUGAACCUGUUAUGAUUUGGGGUAAGAAUCACGUUGGAAAACCUCUCGCAACCAGCACACUAGGCCUUCUACGGCCAUUUCCGUAAGGGGACAGAGCUUAGGUAAAGGUACACACUCCUUAUACACACACAACAAAGGGCCCUGCUAACUUACUCCUCAUGCUGCUUCAGUGACCUUUGUUCAUGUCACAUUCCUGGCGCUGGAAAAAAAACUCAAAGGUUGAUUGGUUUGCUUUUUCACCUUGGACACAUUUGCAUUUUACCCACAAGGCAAACAAAAGAAUCAGGAAGUAAAAAAUGGUUGGGAGUGGGACAGGUAUGGUACCGAAUUUUUAAUGAACAUUGUAAAUGAAGAGGCUUGAAUGACAGCCCAAAUCUAGAGAAGGCACUCAGCAAGACCAACCAAAAGAAAAGCUGUGUCGUGGUAUGGGGCCACCGUGAUCAGCUACCUGGGGCAGGAUGCUUCUGAGACAGGCCUUUCAACUGCUUAGUGUUAGUAUGUGCUUGCUUAUGAAAAUGGGGACACUCAUCAGUACGUUAACUACUAAAGGGGAGAUGGUUCUCCAACCACUUCAUAAAAUAUAUAUGUUCUGUUGUUCCUAAGGCUUUGAUAAUAUCCUGUACAGAUUUUGGUUUAGUUUUGCAAAUAUAUUGCUAAUAGGUCACUCUUAUAGAUUAUUGCUUGGCCCUUCAAACUCAGUACACACACACUGAGGCCCUCUGACCUAGUGUUUUAUGGAACUAUUUGCUUUGAGAGAAAAAAAAAAAACGUUUUUUAAACUCUUUGCAUUUUGGAUUUUUUUUCCUAAGAUUUUAGGAUGAAUGUGAAAAAGAUGUUAGAAUAACAGGAAGACAACUCCAGGGCUGAGUUUUAUCAGCAAUUGGGUAUAAAUUUAAAGACCGCUGUUGCAGGAUGGCUCUGAAUUCUGUUGUGUCGUCUUUUAAAAUUUUAAUUAUUCUCAUAUAGUACCGAACAGAAAACUCAGUCUAGUUUUAAUUUGCCUUUUGUGCUCUAAAGAAGCAUUGUACAUACAACACUAGAUCCAGCCCCUCGAUUAUCUGUUUGGUUUCAAAUGAAUGAAAAGAUUUCCUGGUAAGAUCAUUAGAUUUACAGAAUACAAAAAUGUACGGGAUGGAAUAAACCUAGAAAGUGAA